CGAGCAGUUUUUCGAGCAACGUUGUUGUGGUUUGUUUUGCCGGUUUUGCAGCAAAAUUUAAAUUUGUUUUCAAAAUUCAAUGAAAACGCAUUAAAGAUUAUACGUAAAAAGUGGAUAUUUUGUUACCAAAAAUGAACGGAAUUUCCUCGGAUUACCCCACGCCACCCAGCGCAAACCCAACAAAAUACUGCCGAUUUUGCUACUCACAGUUCCGGAUAGCACCGUUGUUCACCGAUUCCGCUGACCACAACCAAGCCAUCUUGUCCCGCUUCAAAUCGCUCGUCCAGAUUCGUCUGGACCCGGCCCGGGACGGGGCUAGCGCGAUCUGCAUCGCGUGCCAGCAAAAACUGACCGAGCUGGAGCUGUUCCGGGACCGGUGCCAAAAGCUGCACGAGGCAGUUCGCCGGUGCCGACCGUUUCCCACGCUGGAGCUUCAGCUCGAGGAGGUUCAGAAUGCUGGGUUGAGUUAUAGCAACGUGGCCGAUUACAGCAGUUUGUGGGUGUCGAUUGAACCGUUGGCUCUGGACGAUUACGAGCUUAGCCGGGUGGAGGACGACAAUUUCGAACCGGAAGAGGAGACUGGCUUGAGCGAAACCUGCAAGAACUUGAACGCGAAGGAACUGUCCGUCGUGGUGGAUCGGAACGACGACAGGAAGAAUAAACGCUUCUGGCAGGUUUUGCAACAUGACGUAGAUUCGAUUCCGGUGCACGUGCGACACGCGCUCGAACUGACCGGACGGUGCCGCGAGGCGUCCCUCGGUUUUAUCUCACCAUCCACAAUCAAACGAAUCGAGGAGAGCAUGCGACAGUCGGUGCAAUUGCUGGCCAGCCAGGAAGAAGCUCGCGGAACCGAUCCCAAGCAAGCGAUGCUCAAGUACUACGGCGAGACGUACUGGGACCACCCGGAACGGUUCUGCUUUAGCCCGGAGGAAAAGUGCACCAUAUUGUCCAUCGCUUCGGCAAUUCAACAGAACGGAAUUCGUCACUACUUGAAGGCUGCCAAGCUCAAAGAAAAGGGAGUGCGCGAAAAGGUGGAAAACGGACCCCAGCUAGCCGAACUCCUAGCCACCAAGAUCCGCGAGUACUACCAGGCACGCGAUUCCUCCACGCCAACCUUCAAAGCCUUCUUCAAGCAACUGCCGAAAAGCAGACAGUGCCGGGUCUACCGAAGUCCAAACGGAACCAUCCAAGCCGCGGUGCGCUGUCCCAUCUGCAACAACGACUGCAAAGUAACGCUAACGGACGGCACCAGCCGCUGGUUCUUUUACAACUACGUGCAGCACUGCGAAAGGCGUCACUACCGGGUGGAGGUGGAGUCGGCUAGUGGUAGGAAAAGUGCUUCCAAGGCUCGGCUUGAGACAUCUACGCCAAAGGCGAAACGGAGCCGGACCGAGGGCAGGUUGAGAUCGAGGUCAAUGUCGCGGGGCUUUAGUGUUUGUGGGGAGGAGGAGGAUGAUUAGUCAAAACGAUGGAAAGAUGGAUGUUGUUGAAUUUGAGGCUAAAAGUGCAAAGAUGUAUUGAUAAGAGAGUUGAAGAAUCAUGUGUUUAGAUAAAAGAUAAUAUUAACAUAUUUCUGGAGCAACAUUUGAAAUGGUCGGUGUGCCAUUGCUCUUACGGCCUCUAAUGACACGCGUUUACCGUUCCCUUGAAAUGUUGCUCUAGAUUUUAGAAGAAAUAAAUACUUUUUUUAGCUUAGAAGGUGUUAUCGAAAAUUGCAACGUUUGAAUAGGAAAAUAAUAAAAAUUGGAAAUAUUUUUUGUAUUUCAUGAGAUUGUAAAUUUAAAAGAC